AUGAAGAUCAAGCCCUAUGUUCUAGGCAUAGCCUCCGUGCUCAGCUCCCUGGUGGACGCACUACCGAGCGCAGGCAAUGAGACCAGCCAGCCACAAGCCUCUGACCGAAUGGUCUUUGCACAUUUCAUGAUCGGGAUCGUCAGCAACCGCAAGUCAGCUGCCGAUUUCGACAGUGACAUGAAACGCGCGAAAGAACUAGGGAUCGACGCCUUUGCUCUCAACAUUGGCGUAGACCGUGUUGAUCCCUUCACAGAUACACAGUUGGAGUUUGCGUACCAGUCGGCCGCGAACAAUGACAUGAAGGUGUUCAUAUCAUUUGACUUCAACUGGUGGAAGGAAGAUUCGGAGGCCUCUCAAGUUGGGCAGAAGAUUGCCAAGUUUGGGGGAAAGCCUGCACAGCUCAUGAUGGACGGCAAGAUUUUCGUCUCAUCUUUUGCUGGUGACCGAGUGGAUGUGAACGCCAUCCGUUCUGCUGCUGGCCGGCCGAUCUACUGGGCUCCUAAUUACCAUCGACCGGAGAGUGCUGAUAUCUCCAAAGUCGAUGCUCUGCUGAACUGGAUGGCCUGGCCCAAUGAUGGUAACAACAAGGCACCGAAGCCAGGUCACCUCGUCACCGUGCAGGAUGGUGAUAGGAAGUAUAUGAAUGCGUUGGGAGGUAAACCCUAUAUCGCUCCCGUCUCGCCUUGGUUCUCCACGCACUUUGGUCCCGAAGUCCCAUAUAGCAAAAACUGGGUCUUUCCAUCGGACAAUCUCUGGUAUGAGCGAUGGAUCGAGAUGCUGAAGCUCAAGCCACGCUUCAUCGAAAUUGUCACCUGGAAUGACUACGGUGAAUCCCAUUACAUUGCCCCUCUGGCCUCCCCCCAUACAGAUGAUGGAUGCUCCAAAUAUGUCAAUGACAUGCCACACAACGGCUGGAUGGAACUGGCCCGGCCUUUCAUAGCCGCCUACAAGGCGGGCGCCUCAUCUGUCAACGAAUAUAUCAAGGACGAACAAUUGAUCUACUGGUAUCGACCCGCUCCCCGCGGCGUAAACUGUGACGCCACCGACACCUGCAUGGUUCCCGCAGACAACAGCAGCGGCAAUUACUUCAUGGGCCGGCCCAACGGCUGGGAGACCAUGGAAGACGUGGUCUUCAUCGUCUCCAUGUUAAAAUCCCCCGCCAAUAUCCAGAUCUCCUCGGGCAACAGCCAACAAGUCUUCGAGGCCAAAGCCGGAGCCACAGCCUUCAAAGCCCCCAUGGGCGUCGGAAAGCAGAGCUUCGCCGUGGUCCGCGACGACAAGAUGGUCCUGGCCGGGACGAGUCCCAAGGAUAUCAUAGACGGGUGUGUCUGUGGUAUCUAUAACUUCAACGCCUUCGUCGGGAUGCUCCCCCCAGAGCCCAUGGACAGCCUCCAACCAGACAGUCUCUCCCGCUUCUCUCAAGGCCUCAAGGUCCAAUGUGAAGCCAGACCUUCCCUAAAACCACCACCUCCUCCUCCUCCAUCAACCAUCAAUCCCAAUCCCCCGACCAACCCUCCAACAAACCCCCCUCCAACAGACAACCCUCCAACAAACCCUCCUCCAACAAACAAUCCUCCUCCCCCAAAUCCUCCUCCUACCACAACCCAAAACCCACCACCAACCAACAACCCUCCACCGAACCAACCCCCAGGAACGGUCUGCACCGGUGGCACAGGCCAAGGCAAUCACAAAGGCCUCUGCGACUUCUGCUGUCACUACGGCUAUUGUCCCUCGGGACCCUGCACCUGCAAUGCCUAUGGCGCCUCAGUCCCGACGCCACCGACCACAGGCCAGAGAGGUGUCCCUGCAGAUGGACUAGACGAUUCAUAUAAGGGACUGUGUAGUUUCGCGUGCGAUCAUGGAUAUUGUCCGCCGGGGGCGUGUAAGCUCGUUUGA